AGGGUAUGCGGCAUAACUUGCAUAUUCAUGGCAACCAAGGAAGAAGUAAAUACAACUGAAGUGAAGAUGGAAGAAACACCAGAUAAUUCAACCACUGAAGAGGUGCCAACUAGUCUAGAAACUAUUCCCGAAGGGAAUACAGCGCGAAAUGGACUUCAAACAGCACCGAGAGACAAAACAAAGAUUGAUAUACUGCUGAAAGCUACUGCCAAUGCUCCAAUCAUGAAACAAAAGAAGUGGUCGGUCUCUCAAGACAAUCCUAUUGGACGAAUCUCUGAAUAUAAAAAGUAUCUUAAAUUGGAUCCCAAUGAAAGACUGUUUCUCUAUAUUAAUCAGACGUUUGCACCUGCUCCCGAUCAAACAGUCAAGAACUUGUAUGACUGCUAUGGCGCUGAUGGAAAGCUAGUCAUACAUUACUGUAAAAGUCAAGCAUGGGGUUGAGAUUCCUUGAUGCUAUUUUAUUAAAAUUAAUUUUCCCUAAUAAUAAUAUAUAAGUUAACAUUGUGAUAUAUAAUUCUAUAACUUUUUGUAUUUAUAAUAUAUAAUUAUUACACUUGAUUUUUAGCUUAUUUAUAGGAGAAAUCUUGAAGGAAUUUUAUAUACUUCUGUUAGAAAAGUACAAAGAUGUCAUGGUUUUAUUAUAUAUCAUGUACAUCAUCAUUCUUUCAAUGUAGCGAUAUUGGAGUAUAAAUAAGUCAGCCUGAUAAAAUGAUCAUAUAUUAUGUCUUUGAUGUAAUAAACUUUUUAUUGUCCGAAUCCG